AUGGCCUGGGGCCCUGGGCUGGCCAGGAGGCUUCUGGGAUUGGCCACUGGGCACGCUUGGGUGCUGCUGCGAGAACAGAUUGUGCCGCCUGUGACUGACUGUGAGGAGGGUGUCGGCGACACGGCGUCGGUGAGACGACUCCCGUGCCCGCCUCCUGCUGCCCCGCUGACGCCGCCGCACCCGGCCACCGAUGGGGCCGCCCCGGGCGUCGUCGCGCGUCUCAUGGGCCUGGAGUCCUGGCCCGCCACCGCCGCGCCGCCCAGACCGCAGAAGCAGAGGAAGGUGGAGGCGUCGCGCCCAGACGUCGCCGACUCGGCGGUCGUGCUGGUGCUGCCUACGACCUGGAGCCGUCGCCCUCCCGCGCCCACGCACGCGCCGACGGCGAGGAGCCACCACGGGGCUGACCUGCAGGCUCAGAGCCCGAGGCGGACCCGGCUCAUGCACGCAGCCGCAGCCAAGCUGCUGGACCCGGGCGCGCGCGUAGGCGCCAGACUGGCACUCGCGUACGCUUGCUCUUCCCCGCAGCACCGCAAGGAUGGCCACGCCGGCGCCUUGCUUCACGGCUCGUCGGGAAUGGCCGACGACUUCCUGUCUCGCUCUGACAGCUUGCCCUUGGAGCGUUCCGCACGGCUACAGGUACAGCCUCCUGGUCUUCCUGCGGAGACAGAUUGCGACACCACCGCUGUCUCGCGUAGGCACGGCCAUUGUUCCACUGGCAAUGCCGAUGCAGCGAUCCGUACCAGCACGGUAGUGUUGCCUAUAAUGGAUUUUGGUGAUGAAAACAGGACCAAACGGGGCUCUGAUAUGGAAGCCAAGCACAAGGAGAGUAGAGUAAGAAAUGAGGUAAUGCGCACUUGUGCCAGGGUUAGAUCGAACGGUGCUGCCGUUCAAACUGGAGAUGAGAGGUUGUUGCGCAAACGGGCAACACCUACUCGCCCGGAGGUUUCUGGGAUUAUAGAGUCUGGGGGCUUGGCUGAUUCGACGCGCCUAGUUGGACGCGCUCGUGAAUUGGUGUAUGCUACUAGGAAGGUUGCACACGGUGGUUCUGGUCCAAGAAGAGAGUUCGUGGGAUCGAUCACUGGACAAGGGAGCAUGACCGGCAGGGAUUUGAACACCCAAAAUGGAUUACCAUCCACAAGUGAAUUUAGCAGGCUGCUGAAAGCAAAAAUCAAUGAGCUUGGCAUGUCGGACAGGAUUGAGUGUACACCAGAUGAUUCACCUUCAGGAAAAUUGCCCGUACCUUUGCUGCAAAAGCUGAUUUCUGCCCUUAUAAAUGACAUGAGCACUUCAAUCUCUGGUGUGUCAGCACCCUUAAGUUGCAAUGGAAAUGUUGACUCCAUCAAUCUAGAGCAUUGUAUAUUCUCCAAUGCUCAAUCACCCAAUUUUCAGAAAUGCUAUCGGGGUGAACAAGAUGUUGAUUCUUCUGCUACAUCAUUAAACAAUGAACCUAAUCAGCCAAGUCCAACGUCAGUCCUUGAAGCAUCCUUCUCAAAUGAUACUUCUUUAGGAAGUCCAGUUGAAAAGAAUGAAGGAAAAGACUUGAUUGUGUCAAUUGAGAACAAGAUGGAAGAUCUCUUUAAUUUGGAGUCUGACAUUGUCGAUUUAGCAAUGCCAGUUGACACAAGGAAAACUGAUGCUGAAGAAACACUCCACGGCAAUGACAAGUUACCAUGUUGA